CUUUUCGGUUUGGCUCGAUCCGCUUUGCCGCAACACGAGAGAGGAAGGAAUCCCUCACGCCGUUCUCGUCUCGCCGUCGGCGCGGCGUGACGGCGUCGCGAUGGACCCCGCCGCCGCUGCCGCCGCCGGCGGCGGCGCCGGUCCAAAAUCUGAUGCGGCCCCUUCCGCACCGGCGCUGCACGGCCUGCCGGUGGAGAUGACGACGGGGGAGAUGGAGGCCGCCAUCGCCGCCCUCCCCGCGAAGAAGGAGGCGCUGCGCGAGGCCUUCGACGUCCUCGCCGCCUGCUCGCCCUUCCCGCUCCCCUUCGCCUGGGGCGACCUCGACUCCUACAUCUCCUCGCUCCAGUCGUCGAUCGACCGGCGGUUCGGCCAGCUCCGGGUCCUCGAGGCGGCCCGCCCCGCGCUUGCAGGUCCCGCCGCCGCCUCCACAAGCGACGGCGAGAAGGGCGGGAAGCAGGAAGAGGACAGCGACGAGGAGGAGAAAGAGGAGGAGGAGGAAGAGGUUGAGGAGGAAGAAGUUGAGGAAGAGGAGGAGAUUGAGGAGGAAGAGGUCGAGGAGGAGAUUGAGGAGGAAGAAGAGGAGAUUGAGGAGGAGGAAGAGGAAGUCAGAGAAGAGGUUCAGGAGGCCGGGGAGGAGGUCGACGAGGAGCAGCAGGGAGCCAACGAGGAGAUGCAGAAGUCCAAAGAAGAUGCUGAUGAGUCUUCCAAGAGUGCGAUUCCAGUGCAGAAACAGGAAGAGGAUGAGGCAGAGAAGGAGAUAAUUGAGGCCAAAGAUGAGGAGCAACAUGGGGACAAGCUGGCCUCUCAAGAACACGACAUUGGGGAGAAUGGGGAUGUGGAUGCCCAAGGGGUUCAGCAGGUGGCUGACGGUGAGACAAUGGAGGCCAAAUCGGAGGAGCAAAAUGAGGCUAAGGUGACAUCUAUGGAGCAUGACAUCGAGGAGGGCGACGAGAAAGCGUCUCGAGAACAAGGCAAUCGAGCUCUUCCAAGUUGCAGCGAUCAUCUUAGGGGAGUGUGUGCUGGCAUGGACGUCAGGGGGCUGUUGAAAUUGGUGUGUAAGAACCAGAGCAUUUGCCUCUGGCAUGAGUACCCCGUGGUGAUGCGCCAUGCCCCAGAUGCUGCUGCCCUUGUCCUCCAAGUCGUCCAGGGUUUCCUUCUCAGCAAGAAGAUGAAGACCACCAAGGUUUGGGGUAACUGUGUUGGGCUGAUUCGGUGCUUACCUGCAGUGAAUGCCUCGCUGUCCUCAGACACAAUGAAGCAGGCCAAGCAGCUGGCGAAGGAUUGGAAGGAGAUGAUUGACAGCACUGGAAGCAGCAGGGACGUUUUGAACCUGUCCUCCUGGGGCCUCCUGUAUUUUCUCAUUUCUUACAACAUUGUAUCGGAGUUUUCUGUUGAUGAGAUCUUCUGUAUCUUUGGUACUCUUUCACGCAAACAACAGAAAAAGAACUGCAUCGAACUCUGCAAAGGUCUUGGGCUUGUCAAUAGGAUCACUGACUUAAUUGAUUAUUUGAUUGGAAAUGGUCAACAACUCGAAGCCUUACUGUUAACACAAGCUUUUAAUUUGAUAGACAAAUAUACUCCACUUUCUCUUCUGAAGGGAUAUGUUGAAAGGGCAAAACAGAAUGCUCUGGAUAUAAUUAAUAUGAAUUCUCCACGCAAGUCUCUGAGUCCACUUAUAACGAAGGAGGUGGAUAGUCUAAUGGUUGCACAGAACAUAGUUCAACAGCAGAUCACUGAUUUCAACGUGCGCAGUGGUAUGCUGGCAGAAAUGAAGAAAUUAUUAGAUCAAUAUGCAACGAAGCGAAGUUCAGGGGAUGCUUGUUCUGCCUCAACUUCAAAUUCAGAGCAGCAGCAGCAGCAGCAGCAAAAGCAUACAAACAAGAAGCGCAAGAGAGAGCAGCUCGAGCAGCAACAGCACAGGGGACAAGAGAUCCAGCAGCAGAAGCAACAGAUUAAACCACAAGGGAAGAAGGGGCAGCAGCAAACUAAGCCAGAACAGAAGAAGCAACAACAGCUAAACACAAAUAAGCCUCAAGAGCAACAACAACAGCAGCAGCAGAAGCAACAAAUUAAGCCGCAAGAGAAGAUGGGGAAGGAGCAAACUAAGCCAGAAGAGCAGCAGCAGCAACAAAAGACAAAUAGGCCUCAAGAACAACAGCAUAAGAAGCCACAGAAAAAACAGCAGCAGCAACAACAACAACAGCAAAGUAAGCCACAAGAGAAACGCCCAAGGCCAUGCACCACCAAGCUGCCAACACCAUCUAUCCCUGCUUCCAUAUCACCUAUGGUUCCGCAUAUUGUGCAGGUUGAUUCUGUUGGGCAUUCACCAUAUGCUGCAAUGCCUAUAUCUCACACUUAUGCUGCCCAACUAGGUUGGCCUGGAAAUCAGAGCGCUGCAUUUGCACAAAAUGUUGGAGUUUCUCAAUUUAUGGGUAUGUUUAAUCCCCAACAGCCUAAUUAUCCCUUCUACCGUCAUCCACCGUUCUAUCCCAGGUAGCACUUGCUGCAAUGGGUUGUUGAGUAAACUAGAGAAAGAUAUAGAUGCUUACAGGAGUUUUCCUCUUGAAUUGUGUUGGCUCAAUUGCCUCAUGUUGUGUUGGACAUUUAUUUACAUUAACAUGUAUAUACAAUUUUGGCCAUUCUCUUUGUUGUAAUAGCUUUUCAAUAGUUCUGCCCUUUGAAGGUGCAGCUUGUCGAUUUAACUGACAGUUGACAUGCUCCUUGUUUCGUUUGUUAUUUUAAGUGUGGACGUUUGAGGAUUAUAUGCAAAGGCGUGGAGGUAUGAUGGUGCGGUUUCUGUUCAA